GCAAAGGAUAAUCACACCCCUGCAGUUUUCAGUGCAUGGACUUGAUUUUAUUUUUCGCUGCUACCAGAAGUUAAUUCUCCUGAUUAUAAGCAGUCUGUGUGUGGACGGACACCAACGAGAAGAAGCCCUUUAAAAUGUGGAGCAGACGAAAAGUGCUUCUUGCUGCUGCAGUUGUUUUCACAGCGCUCUACUACAGUGUGGCUGCAGAGAAACAACUGUACAUGGCCCAAGAUGCUGUGGACUACCUGUAUGAUAAAUGCCGUAAAGAGGCCAUGGCAAAGUUAAUCCAUUCAGGCGUGUUAAGACAAGAGCUGAACCUCAGUGCAGGUUUCCAGAAAGCAUGGAGCGACCACACCCAGUGUUCCAGGUUGAUCCCAGGAGCCAUCAAAGAACAUAUUGCUGCAUUGUGGGCAUAUGUCGACGGCGAUGAGGACUUUAUAAAAACCUUUAACAACCAAGUGGAGACCAUGGGCAGGAACAUUAGCACCUACGAAAACAACUUCAGUUUUAAGUCGCUCCACUUCCUGCUCAUGGAUUACAUGAUGCUGCAGAAGCCACCGAAUUGUAAGACUGUCUAUACUUUAGCAGAUAAAUCAGUUGAGGCAAAAAACGGCUCAAAAGUGAGACUGGGGAGGUUCACCUUGGCCAACUUGAGUCUGAAGGAAUUGCCAGAUUUGGACGAGGAAGUGGUUUUAAACAUCACGUCUUGCUUCUAUGUCAAACUGGGGAAAAACAUUUGCAAGGAGGAAUCAAGCGAGGUGUUGUUGAGUCCAGCUGAAGAGUUCACAGUGGCGAGCGUAAUGACCAAAAAGGAUCCCGAUUCGCAAUUCACUGAGAUCAUCUUGAAACAUUCAGAUCUGAAGAGCUUGCACAGCUCACACAGCUGCGACAUCUUCUCACGGUCUCCAGCUGUCGUCUCCACCCAUGUGUGGCUUGUGUUGGUGCUCUUGUCUUUGUCUCUUGUCUUCAUUUGUUGAUAGAAUAAAUGAAAAAUAAUCAUUCAAAUGCAAAACACUGCUUUGAUUUUACAGUUAAACAAUGAAAAACUGUUUUGCUGUAAUGCAAUUAAGAUUAUGCAAGCUGCAAAAAUAUUGUCUUUUUUUUAAAUCACUUCUACCACGUUUUAAUCAUUGACUGUAAUAUAAAGAUGGAGGGUGUGUCUUCCAGUCCUCCUACUGUGCAAAGCCAAAAUAUUCCAGAUAUUACAUAUAUAUUCUUACACUGGUGUGGAGCCAGAAUUUAUUGUGGAGUGGAGCUGUGGUAUUGAGGUCUCACAAAUACUCACAUUUGAGCGAUCACAAAUCAGUCUCAGCUGUCUAUCGGGAUGUUUAACCACAUUUUUAUAGCAUCAAAUAACUAAUUACAACCAAACUGGAAAAAUAGCACUUGGACAAACAUCAGUGUGAUGAGAAAUGACAGAAAACAUCUUUGAGAAAAAUGUAUUUAACUUGUAAGGUUCUAUUUUAUGAUGUACAGCCACCAGGGGGCGGUCCAGAUGUUUAAGCCUUACUUUUGAGGUUAAGCAGUCAUGUCAUCCAUCUUUAUAUACAGCCUAUGGUUCUGAACUCAAAUCCUGCUUUUAUGCAAAUCAAGCAAUGUUUACUUCUGCUUCUACUUUCUUUUUUAUUGAUCUGUGUGUUAUGCUUUUAUGAGUGAACGCUCGUUAGAAAGAUGAACCUUUGCAUCACCAGGAUGCUCAAGUCUCAGUUGAUAACAUCAGCUUUGUAAUGGAAAUCUUACAUUUGUGUAUGUAUAAUUGCAUGAGCAGACAUGUAUGUGGAGGACGGACCAAAUGGUUGACCAAAUUGUUAAUCUAAAAGGGCAACUAUAAGGUUUACGAUGGCGGCUUAAGAAACCACAAUUAAUGGUAUCUCAUUGUAUCUCUGAUUGGGAUCUCACACCUGGGGUCUCACAGGGGGGUCAUCCACAGAACAUGUAAACAAAAGGACAGGAUGUCUCCUCCACUGAGUGAAACUACAGGAGGGUAAUGAAUACCUUUGUAUGCUUAGUGGGAGGGGGCUGCGAGUUAUAAGAACAAAGAUUCUCCUAUGUUCUUUGCUCAUUUGUGCAUGUCAUUCAGGUGAUGUGUACUGAUGAGUCCAUCUGCAGAUGGUGAAUUAAACUUACAGAAAGAAGUGUUUGACUUUGUGCUUAUUUAACAGAAAUUGCCACCACAGCUUUUAGACGUAUGAGAUAAAACAAACUGGUUGAACUGCCCUCGUCUUGUUAUAUUUUGACAGGUUGAAAUAAUGGUGGUAGACUCAGUAAGCUGCUCCUUUCAUGUAACAAUAAAGACGUUCAACAAUAUUAAAGAAUGACAAGUAUAAACA